GAGGGGAGUUAAGACCCUGAACGCAUCAGCAGCGUCCUCAGGAAAGGGGAGUGCACAGAAAAGUUGAACAAAGAGAAACAGUAUCACUAGCUGUCUAGACACAGCUCCUCCCCUCGCCAGAAGCUCCGGGCAUCUAGAGCGGCCACAGAGACCGAGGCAAUGGAUCAGCACAAGGAAAAGGAGGAGAACAAGUACCAAGAAUCGACGGAUCAGCACAACGAAGAGGAGGAGGAGGAGAACAAUUCUGAGGAAUCGAUGGAUCGGCGCGGCGGGUAUAAAGUGGAGAGGAACUCUGAAGAAUCGACGGGUCAGCUCAAGGAGGUGGAGGAGGGGGGCUCUGAAGAAGCCUCGUCACUCUUCGGCAUCUUUGCGAAUCCUUGCUCCCCGCUGCAGUACUUGCUCCGGGCCUGUGCCGGCUGCUUGGGCCUGCAGGGCUCUUUCAGCGAUCCGAAGCCGGCUGCUGUUGCACCUGAAGCUGCAGCUCCCGCGAAUUCGCCUCAAGAAGGAGAGGGCGGCGAGAAGGCUAACUAUUUCUACAUGCAGGAGGUGGUCACUCGGGUGUGGGCAGUGCGGAGGCCGCGGCCGCCGGACCGUCCCAGAGAAGGGAACGGCGGGAAUGGAGGGAAUCACCACUAGGACUGGCAACGUCUCUCCAUCCAGCUUGGCCAAGGAACAAGCUGAUGAAUGGUGGUGUAUGCGCCGGCCGGCCGGCCUGCCUCCGCCAACUUGUGUGUGUUUUGGUCCCAAACUUGGUACGGCCGUCUACUACUUCCUAGUACGUAGCUUGCUUAUAACUUUUUAUAUAAAUACGUGUGGGUAUGGCCGAAGAGGUUGAAGUCUACGUACGUAGACAUCUCUGAUGUGAACUUCAAAUAAGACUGUGCAAGUGUUGUAGUUAUUCUAGCUGUUUAAGCUGUACCUGAGACGUGAAAAGUAUGUUUGCUUA